AUGUCAUCCUUUCUCAGAACGGUAGCAGCACGCGGCCCCUCCAAUGCAAGGGCCUCACAAAGCCCUCUCGAUCCGGACGCCAUCGAGAACCCUUUUAGUGCCCACGAAAACAUGCCAAUCUCCUCCGUCACUGGGCUGCCGUUUUCCGUCUCGUCGCCCCGUCUUUCACAAUUGUUCAAUGUUUUCCACCCAUCCGAUCCUAUUAGCUACCGCGUCGAGCCUUUGAUAGCGCCCGCAAUGUCAACACUCAAACCCCAGAUUCUACCGUACACAAAGAAAGGCAUUUUCGGUAGCGUAGCCCAGCAAGGGCUCUCUGGAAUCAGUGCCAAGGUUGGACAAAGCGUGAGCGGUCUCUGGACCAGCUUAAGCGCAGGGGUCACCUCGAGCAUUUUGAACCGAAGUCUCGGCUUGAGCAGCGAAGAGGUUUCGCGAUUGUCAGACGAGUCAUCGGCCCAGCAAGACGGCAAGGCAAGCCAAGGCACGUCAACAGAUGCGGCGAGCUCUUUGAUUUCCGAUACGUCUAUCCUCGGAAAACGGACAGAUCAGAGAAAACUAGAGCUAGCCGAUCCAUCCAUGACGGCUGGCCGCACUAGCACCAGCGGCAACGACAUCACUUUAAUCGACUACGAUCUAGAGACUCUCUACUCAAAGUUUGAAAAGGCACGGGCAGCGGCUGAUGGUCCGCUCGCGAGAGAGGGUCUCGAUAAGAAAGCUCGGAAAAUUCAGCUGGACGAAGCCAAGAUUAGGGCUCUUAACCGCAAUGGCCGUGUGGAUUAUAGCAUCCAAGAGAGCGUUUUGGACUACAAUCCCAUCAACACCAUUGCAUCUCACAUGAGCUACUGGGGCGAUGAGGACGUGAACCAUUUCGUCCUCUCCCAGCUACUACGCAUCAGGGAAGGUGGCAUCCGGCAGGGUCGUCGAGACCCAGAGAAGCAGCCAGACAAAGUCUUCUUUACCAGCCUCGACGGCCAGAUGCAAGGCGGUCUUGGAGUCCGCGAGCGGGUCUUGGUACCGAAUGAGGCGUCCCAGAGCUUCUUCCGCAUUGCCAGCCUCCUCUUCACUUACGGUGCGCAACAGGUCGACGGCACCCUCCACGUCACCCUCCGCGGCCAUGAUGUGCAGCGCACGGGCGGGGCGGGCUUCCGGGUUACUCUCCAGAUAGGCCUCUUCUCGGAGGACGGGGAAAAUGUCAAGAUCCUGCUCGACGCCGCCCUCGCUCGCCCUGCCGAGGGGGCGAGGGGGAGCCGCAUCCCGGGCACUGGAGGAGGACACGACGUCCACGGCGCGAUCUAG